UUACCUACAUCCAUAAUUCCAUACAUACAUUCGACAUUUUUCUUUUUUUUUCCCCAUAAAGUAUAAACCCAAAGCCAAAAUCCAAAGAGAAAAAGAGAAAUUAAAGCGUCAAAAAUGGCUUUGAACCCUAAUCUGUAUCCCAAUGGUAUGCCCGUAGCUUUCGUCAACGAGAUGUUCGUCUUGAUCCGAGACGGUGUCGAAUUCCAGAUUGACAAGAUCCCCGGGGCUAAUGGAGGAGUUGCGAAAUCAAAGGGUAAAAUAUAUUUGUCCAACGUUCGCAUGGUGUUUGUUGCUGAUAAGCCUGCCAACAAUUUUAUUGCGUUUGAUAUGCCCUUGCUGUAUGUGCAUGGAGAAAAGUUUAAUCAGCCGAUUUUUUACUGCAACAAUAUAUCUGGACUCGUGGAGCCUGUGGUUCCAGAUGACCAACACAGGGCAUUAUACUCGACUCAUUCCUUCAAGAUUUUGUUCAAGGAAGGAGGUUGUGGAACAUUUGUGCCCUUGUUUUUCAACCUGAUAAAAUCUGUGAGACAAUAUAAUCAGCAAUAUAGUGCUGCUGCAUCAGAGCCCCGUGCUGAUCCUUUAAGAGCAGCAGAAACUCCAGUUGACGAGAUGAUGAGAUCUGCAUAUGUUGAUCCAAGUGACCCAACAAGGAUCUUUCUGCAGCAGCCAAAUUCUGAUUCACAGCUGAGACGCCGUACAUAUCAUCCCCAGCCUGAAUAAAUCACCAAGUUUCAUUCAUCUGGAACUUCAUGCUGUGUGAUCGUCUUCAUGCUACUAAUCUCUAUGCCUAAAUAGAGUCUAUAAUUACUUGUGUAAUAUCUACUUGUACAUGAGAUCUUCUGGCUCCGGGUUUGUAUGUAUUUUGGUAUAUUUUCACCUGGUAACUUGCCACUUUAACUGAAUGCCUGUUAAUGUUCUUUAAAUCAGUUUGGUAAACUUGUUAUGAGCA